AUGCUUACGGCUGUACGAGAUCGUCUACUUCCACUCUCCAUUGUACUGGCGAGUACUUCCCCUCGGCGAAGAAGUAUCCUCUCUAGUUGUGUGAGUGGCUCGUUUCUUUUUUCUUAACUCUUUAUGCCACUCACAGGGCGUCCACUUCACUGCUGUGGAUCCAAAUGUUCCUGAGGAUCUACAAGCCUCGGCGUUCCCCUCUAUUCGGGAUUUCGUUGAAGCCCUGGCUAAACUGAAGUCUGACGCCGCCGUAAAGAACCUGUCCCAGGUCUGA